UGAGUUGACUGCAACAUAUUUCAUAAAAGAAAUUAAUCAAAAAUAAUUUAUUUAUUAAAGUAACUUAAGUCGGUAAUAUCUUGGACUGUGCAUAGAAUAGAGAAAAAGAAUAAGAAAACUUCUGUGAAAUAAAAUUAAAAGCAAUAUCAACAAGUGGUAAAUGGUGCCCCAUUUUUAGUGGACUUUGUCAAAAAAAAAAAAGGAGAAAAAAAAAGAAAAGUUGGAAAAUAGAAGAGGUGCUCGCGCAGCUUGAUAUACGGUAACAAAGUAUGUGUUGAAGUAAUGUCUAAGCAUGAGAAACACAAAACGGGUGGUCUACUUGAAAAUUGGUUUGGCCGACCCAAAAGUGCUAGAGGUGGCAGUUAUAAUAGCGGCGGUACUCUCUCAGGGCGACCCAACUCGACAGACACCGAUGCCAUCGACUUGCAAGAGUUGGAAAAAAAUAUUUGUGCCCUCAGCGAUUCAGAUGUCGACGUCAAAUUCAUGGAAAUCCUGGAAGAUAUGAAUAUUCCUAAAGAUAAACGUGCUCCUCUUUUAUCGAAAUCCAUAACAGAGAGACAAAAAAUGAUUUUCAUGCAUUUGAAAGGGAAAAACUCUCUCGAGCAUCGAGCUAACUCGAAAUUCGAAAAGCCCUUCGAUUAUAUAGAGUAUUUGCGUAAUCACGAGCACAGCGAACAUAAAAUUUACGGAUGUGUUGAGAGUUUACGAGUAGCUCUCACUAAUAACCCUCUUUCAUGGAUUAAGGAAUUCGGAGAGGAGGGUAUCGACGAAAUUAUUAAUUUAUUGGGUCGUUGCAAAAAGGAACGUGCCUUCGAUCGGAUCGAGUUGGAGUGCAUACGUUGCUUGAAAGCUAUAAUGAAUAAUACAUGGGGCUUAAAUUUGGUGCUUACCCCCGAUCAACAUUCGGUUGUUCUUCUACUAGCUCAAUCGCUUGAUCCUCGCAAGCCAAGUGCUAUGUGUGAAGCGGUAAAAUUGUUGGCCUCUUUCUGCUUAGUUCCCGAACGUAAUGGAUACGAAAAAGUCCUAAGGGCGAUUACCACAGCCGCUUCUGCAUCGUACAAGUCUAGCGAACGUUUCAGACCCAUCGUUAACGCCCUCUUCGUGCAAGAGAAAUACGAUUCCCGUCGAGAACUAGCCUGUCACAGUUUAAUAUUUAUUAAUACGUUAACGAAUACGCCGAGUGAUUUGAAUUUUCGUUUACAUCUACGUUGUGAAAUCAUGCGUAUGGGCUUAUAUGAAAAGUUGGACGAUUUUAAAAAGAUCGUCGAGACUAGCAAUAAUGAUGCUUUAAAAAAACAUUUCAAAAUCUUUAAUGAGAUACGCGAAGAUGAUUUCGAAGCAUUCAUACAACGUUUCGAUAAUGUUAGCUAUAAUAUGGAUGACGUAACCGAUUGUUUUGAGGUGAUUAAAAAUCUUGUCACAGAUACACCAGCUGAACCGUAUUUCCUUUCCAUUAUGCAGCACUUACUGUACAUACGCGAUGACUUUUACAUACGACCCGCUUACUACCAAUUAAUAGAAGAGUGUAUAUCUCAAAUAGUAUUUCACGAUGGAUACUGUGAUCCGAAUUUCGAAAAUCGAAAUUUUAACAUUGAUACCUCCCUGUUGUUGGACGAUAUCGUUGAAAAGUCUAAGGCCAAAGAAAUGAAACGGUCCGAGGAAUAUGAAAAAAAAAUUGAAUUAUUGGAAAUAGCAAAGCAGGAGGCUGAAGCCAAGGUUGCUCAUCUAGAGGAGAAAAUUAAACUAAUGGAAGCCAGCGGCGGCGUGAUACAAUCACCUAAUAAAUUGCCAAAGGUUAAUAUACCAAUGCCGCCAACAGGGCCGGGCAGUGGACCGCCGCCACCGCCUCCACCACCGCCACCAAUGCUUGCCAUGAGUGGACCAAGGCCACCACCACCUCCACCCAUGCCUGGUAUGGGCAAUCCCCCUCGGCCACCACCUAUGCCGGGCAUGGGCGGUCCUCCGCCUCCGCCCAUGCCAGGAGGUAUGGGCGGACCGCGUCCUCCACCUAUGUUCAAUCCAAUGAUCCCCGUGCUACCUCAGGGUUUGAAGCCGAAAAAGAAGUGGGAAGUUAAAAAUCCUAUGAAAAAGGCAAAUUGGAAAGCUAUAUUACCGCACAAUAUAAGUGAAAAAUCUUUUUGGGUCAAAUGCCAAGAAGACAAACUAGUAUCGGAAGAUUUAUUAGCUGAACUUUCAGCUAAAUUCUCCUCAAAGCCAAUAAAAAAAGAGCCAAAAGACUCUGUUGAUAAGGCGGCUACACUUAGCAAAAAAAAUGUUGACCUAAAGGUGCUCGAUAGCAAAGCGGCACAAAACCUUUCCAUUCUUUUAGGUGGAUCGCUUAAGCAUUUGUCUUAUGAGCAGAUUAAAAUUUGUCUACUACGCUGUGAUACCGACAUAUUGUCUUACAAUAUACUGCAACAACUUAUACAGUAUCUUCCGCCACCUGAACAGUUGAAACGUCUGCAAGAUAUCAAAGCGAAAGGAGAACCUUUACCACCUAUUGAACAAUUUGCAGCUACUAUAGGCGAAAUUAAACGCUUAUUGCCACGUCUGCAUAAUUUGCACUUUAAAUUAACCUUCGAUGACCAAAUGCAGGAUGUAAAACCGAAUAUCGUGGCUGGGACGGCAGCUUGCGAAGAGGUUCGUAAUAGUAAAAAGUUUUCCAAAAUAUUGGAACUUAUUUUGCUAAUGGGUAACUACAUGAAUUCUGGAUCCAAAAGCGAGCCGGCCUACGGUUUUGAGAUUUCCUACCUAACAAAACUUACAGGCACAAAGGACGCGGAAAACAAACAGACUCUAUUGCAUUUCCUAGUCGAUGUGGUGGAAAAGAAAUUUCCGGACGCUUUAACAUUCUACGAGGAUUUGUCCCAUGUAGAUAAAGCGUCACGUGUUAACUUAGACGUCUUACAAAAGUCAAUGCGACAAAUGAAUGCAGCCGUGAAAAAUUUGGAGACAGAUUUGCAAAAUAAUAAAAUCCCACAAUGCGACGAUGAUAAAUUUUGUCAGGUUAUGGGUCAAUUUGCGAACGAUUGUAGACAACAAGUGGACGUAUUAGGUAUGUUAGGACAAAAAGCAAAAAUUGGGAAAAUGCAAGUACAAAUGGAAAAAUUGUUCAAAGAUUUGGGUGAAUAUUUUGCUUUCGAUCCCACAAAAUAUACGAUGGAAGAUUUCUUCGCCGACAUUAAAAGCUUCAAAGAUGGUUUUGUGCAUGCACAUCAGGAAAUUGUUAGGCUGCGGGAUGAGGAGAAAAGAAAGAGUCGCAUGCAAGAGGCUCAUAAACAAUCCCUGCGUGAACAACAAGAAAGACAACAACGCAAAUUGGCUUUGGUGGAUAUAGACGCAGCCCAAGCGCAAGAAGGUGUUAUGGAUAGUUUAAUGGAAGCACUACAAACGGGCUCGACCGUACUUAUUCGCAACAAUCGUCAGCAAAGGAGACAAAGACCGGCGGGUGCCGAGAGACGUGCGCAACUAAGUCGUAGUCGUUCGCGGACAAGAGUAAACCCUGGUAAUCUGGUGCCACACGAAUUAAUGACCAACGAAGCUUUAAUGGGUUCCGCCUGAAGCUUUCCAAUAAAUAUCAACAACUAUCUGUGUUAUCAUUUCCGAUUUCCUUGUAUAUACCGAUAUAUGUAUAUAUAAAAUGUAUUAGUCAAACAAAUGCCACUUAUAGCUAUAUAAGCAGUUAACGUUAAAAGCCACUAAAUACGCCGAAAUAUUUUUAUACAACGAAACUGGAACUUAUUAAUUCAUAAUAGCUUUUAAGUUUGCUUUUGCUUCCUUAAUUUUAACCAAAACAAUUUUUCUUUCUCUUCCUUUCUCUCUGUCUUUUGAUUUUUCUUAAUGUAAAUGUAACGCUUCGCCUCUCUUUUGUAUUAAAUUGAAUUUUGUGAAAACUUUUAUAAUUGAAAUUAGUUCGUUUUAAUUAAGAAUCUAUUACUUUAAGUAAAUUUUA